AUGUCGAUACGUUCAAUUACGGGCACCUGGGAUUGCCAUAUCCACUGUUUCGAGCCAGACAAAUUCCCGUUCAAAACGCCUCGGGCCUAUACUCCAUGUCCCGCGCCAGUCGACCUGCUUCUUCAGAACCUGCUCACGAAUAAUGUCAUGAUUGUCCAGGCGUCUGUCGAAGCAUCCAUGGAUGGUCUCCUUGCAACCCUCGAAUACUGCGGCAAACGUCCGGACCACUUCUCGGGGCUGGUCCGAGGCACCGUCCUCGCCGACGCUAGCACGCCACUUUCGUCUUUGACCGAUAGCCAGAUAGAGCGGAUGCACCUCCUAGGUGUCCGAUGCAUCCGACUCCACGGGGUAUAUGGGGGUUUGGGGCAGGACCCCGCAUGGGUGCAGCGCCAAAUGACGGCGCUGGCGCAAGUGAGCCAAGUGCGAAAUCUGGGGUGGAAAAUCUCGGCCCAGUUGCCGCUCGCAACAUGGUCGCAACUCAAGCAUUUCAUCUUGACAGACAAGCAUCUGGCUGGCCUUCCUAUUGUGGCAGACCACAUUGCUUGUGCGACUCCAUCUGACCAUGGAAGCUUGGCAUUGCACGACUUUGUAGAGCUGCUCCAAUCUGGUCGCGUCUACGUCAAGAUCUCGGCCCUUCACCGCCGCAGCCCACGGAAUAUCCAUGCCAUGAGGGACAUAAUAAGCUUACUGGCACGAUCUGCUCCCCAGGCCUUGUUAUGGGGUAGCGACUGGCCCCAUGUAGACGCGUCACAAAACGACUUCGAAGCGGGUCCGUUAGAAGGGGCAGACCCCAGCGCUGAAUUGGCCGCUGUUCAGAGCUGGCUGUCUACGGAGCAAUUCCAAGACAUGCUGGUGAACAACCCAUGCCGACUAUUUGGCAACUAA